GAGAGCGCCGGCGGGGUCACGAUCGACUGGAGCGACGGCCACCAGAGCGCCUUCGAGGGCGAGUGGCUGCACGAGCGCGCUUUCUCGCCCACAGCUCGUGCUCGCCGGCGCAACCAGUUCGCCUUCGCCAGAGAGCCGUGGGGAGCCGACCAUACCAUGGCCGAGUACGACUACAACACACUCCUGAAGGACGACAAGGUGCUGCUGGACUGGCUCAUCACGAUGGAGAAGAAGGGCUCGGCGAUGGUCAAGAACGCCCCCGACAGAGACAUCGCCGGACCCGAACUCAUCGAACACGUCGCCUACGUGAAGCCCUCCCACUACGGGCCUCAUUCUCCCGUCAUCAACCGCCCGAAUUCGAACAACGUAGCCUUCACAAACGCCAAGCUCGGAAUGCACAACGACCUCGCCCAGUAUGAACACAUGCCCGGGAUCAUCUUCAUCCACUGCGUGAAGCAACACGUCGGCACCGGCGGGGAGAGCGUGGUUUCCGAUGGCCUCUACGCCGCGGAGAUCGCUGGACGAAACCACGAAGCCUUCAAUAUCCUGACAUCCACCGACGCCUAUUUCUGGGACAAGGGGCAGGCCAACUACAGCUGGGAGAUGCCCGAGUUCUAUAAGAUCUCGAGGCAUCCCAUUCUCACGUUGAACAGCAACAAGGAAGUCUGCCGCGUGUCCGUGAACAACGCCGUACGAGACUCCUACCUCGACCUCCCCGCCCACCGUGUCAAGGAAUUCUACGCCGCCAUGAAACUCUACAACGACAUCUUGUACGACAAUUCUCUCUCCUUCAAGAUGGACACGGGUGACAUGAUGACCUUGGACAACGUGCGCUGCCUCCACGGGCGCGAGGGAUACGAGGCCUUCAGCGAGCGCCACAUCGAGUCCUCCUACCUGGACUGGGACGAGGCUCGCUGCCGUCGGCGCCGCCUGCAGGAGGAGUUCGGCGUCGCGGACUUGAAAUAAAAUGAUUUUUUUUUUUUUUUUUUUUUUUUUUUUUUUUUUUUUUUUUUUUUUUUUUUUUUUUUUUUUUGCUUUGAGGAAAUUAAUGGCGACACAUCAUGGAGUUUAGAGCUUGUAAUGCUAGGAUAUUUUGCGUUUCUCGUUUGAUUUAUGUGAUUAUAUUCUUUUAUAAUUUAUGAUGAUAUAUAGGUGUUUCUGUACUUGGAUUUUACAAUAAAAUUCAGUAAUAUUUUC